AUGACACAAACACGAACACAGAAAGACGCUGAUGAAUCGGUCAAGAAAACGGAGCAGAAACUGUCAAACAUUCAAGUUCGUCUUAAUCAUACAGAUUCCGUCUUGGAAGCUUUACAAGACCAAAUGAAGAUUUUGAUCGCUCUCAAUACUCCGAAGGCAGGGAUUCUUGGUCCUGGGGAGAAGGAAGAUCAACCUUUGACCGUGGACACUCCGACGAUUGAGAAUGCAGCUCCGGCAGCAGUUCCUAUUCAACCAGAAGCAGCUAAGGAAAAGCUUGUCAGACAUUCCUUGCACUCAUACCCUAGAAUUGAGUUGCCGGUGUUUACUGGUACAAACACUUGGGAAUGGUUGCGAAAAUGUGAUGAGUACUUUUUGCUUCACCAAAUUCUUGAUGAUCAGAAGGUUGAUUACAUGGAAUUAUAUCUUGAGGAAGAGGCUGAUUCUUGGUACCAGUCCACGAGGUUGAUGUCACCACAGAUUUCUUGGAAGGAGUUUUGUCAAGAGUUGAUAGCUUGCUUUGCUGACAUUUCUGAGAUUACAGGAGCCGAACCUGGAAUCUUGCUUAAGAAGCAAAGAACAGCUGUAAUUCAGGUAACUAAGCCUCCUUAUAAACAUAAUCGAACUCCUGGUAUACCUAGAACUACUGAUAAUUCCAAUAGACCAAUAAAUUCUGAUUUUGUGAAGAAGUUAAAACCUGAGGAAUAUCAGUACAGAGUUAACAACCACUUGUGUUUCAAAUGUGGUGAAAAGUUUGGUCUUGGUCAUAUCCGUAAGUACAAGAAUUUCAACAUUAUGAUCAUGGAUAAUAAAGAAAAGAUGAUAAAAGAAAUGAAUUAG